GCCAAAAGGCAGUGAUAAUGAAAGCUCACGCUUUCGUUAUCUCGGACAGUAUUUAUGCUGAUUAUGGGAAUUCAGGUAAGCUAACGGGCUUACACAAACCUAAUCAUACUUAGACGCAUCAUGGUCGACGUUGGUUUGUAUAUAAAUUGGAGUAACACAAUGAACACCGCCCGGACAACAAGAUUGAUGCCGCAGUGUUCUGGAAGCUCGCGAUUCGACUCUGAUUCGAAUUGGCACGCGAUGGCCACGGGAAAUGAUGGACAAUCGCGGGAAUGGCAUAUCGAACACAAGUCACGGUGUCGAUAGAGGAUGUAGCGCGCCGGGCCAAGAUUAUCAGAUCAUAUCAUUCAAGAUAACGCUGAGCACACAUUAUACAAAGGCCCUUGGAUCUCAACUUACUUGUCACGCAAUGCUAUCUACCAGGAAAGGAGUGAUCAUUUGGUUAUUCCUUGAACGAGUGCUGACUGCGCAGACACCUCUGUCGAGUCAUGCCUCUUUAGGCUUCUACCCGCAUGAUCUUGGACAGUGGGAUCUUCAUGAAGCUCCUGCGGUGAACGCGACAGGCCAUCUGGUGUUCGAAACAGCCAAUUCCCUGCUUCAGCAUUGGGCAAACACGCGUCAUCGUAUUGGUCACACAAUAAUCCCAGGGACUGUUCCCUGGGUCGCGAUGGAACCAGAUCACUCCAUGCUUUUGUGCCAUGGGGAUGUCAAAACCGGGUGCUGGCACGCCACCUUUACAGUCACUCGGCCAAUGAAAGUGCUCUAUUUUGAUGGAAGCAGCGCUGCAAAACUCCCAGAGGGCACCAUGGACACCCAAGAUCUCGUAGCAUGGUCGGAAAUGAAACCCGAGUGGGUGGACAAUGAGUGGCUGCGCAUCAAGGAUCUGUGUAAGUGGGGUCAGAAAUACGGCGUGAAUGGCUUCGUGAGGAUGGAGGGGAAUGUUGAAAUCAUGGUCUGCGACUUCACCUCUCACAUGGAAAUCAUUUCGUUCUUAAAUCUCGAGACCCUCCGCGCCUCGGAUGGCCCCGUGACAGAUCUACCAGAAGACACAGAUACCCUGCAUGCUGCUUUUGAAGUCAUGCAUUCUGCUUCAUGGCACGAACUUUAUCCAGGGGACACUCGGGUUAUACUUGACUAUUCUGCAUUCGUCUCUUUCUAUGACACCACUCUUGUUCCCUCCCUCGUGCCACGCCGUGUCGGCUUGGAGCGGUGGGAUCAUCGAGUGGCAGGAAUAUCAUCGGAGGAUAUCGAGCGUGUCAAAAACAAGCUAGCUGAAGCAUUAGUACGACCACCAGCGACAGCCAGCGGCAUCGACUGGAAGACGGUCUUGCGGGUGGUGGUUGGCCGAUAUGCAAGCCGCCUGGAGGUGAUGCAGUAUCUGCUGAACAUAACUAGACAGCUGCGCACUGUGCUUACGCCGUACACUAUUCUUGCAGCUCUGCCAUCUAACACCUCCGUCGCUACCAACGCGACAAAUUCGUGGGCUGCACCAGUUUUUCGUGAAUGUGCUACAUCGCACAUGGCCAUAGCAGCUCGUGGGGCGACAUUGAUGCCUUCUGAGCAUCUGCUUCUGCAGGCCGUGCAAGAAACUACGCGCGAAAUAUGCCUUGACCCCUUUUAUCCGUCGGACCAACGCCCUGAAGCUGAUCGGAUACGUACUCUCAUGGGGGAAUGGAAGGAGGACAUGACGAAGUUGAUUUCCUGGCUAGAUUGGAGUGUGUGGGUGAAGUGUAGGCCGGCUUGUGGCGUCGAGGAGAUGUGCUACUUGCCUACUUGGCCGUUGGGGUUUUUCCCGGCGCCUCCCGAGGUGGUCGAUGAGCAGCGUGGUGCACCAUUUCAAAUUUGGGACAAUGCUUUGUUGUGGCCUGACCCCAACAAAGGGGAGUGGAAGAGACCACAGCCCAAGUGCAUCAGACGGCUGGAGCCAUAUGGUUUCUAGGGACGUGAUUCACAUGCAAUGCUGGCGUAUAUACAUCUUUCGUAGAACUGCCUGUAACUUAUUGCUGUAGAACAUGAACGACAAGAACGAAAUUAAGGUUAGGGUUUG